CAUUGAAAAUGGUCUUAAACUUUGGUCAUAUGUAAUAAGUAAUAUGCCAGCAUCUUUUCUCUAACAUCACCAUUAUGUAAAUUGAACAACUCACACAUUUAUCAUUUUCAGUAAAUAUCGUGGAUGAACAGCUUUUGUAGUACGUUCGCGGUAUAUCCCACAGCUGGCUGAGCUCAUGAAUGCAGCGCCCCAGCGUCAUCUGCGUCAAUGUCUUCCAACAUGGCGGCCGCCCUGUCCGGCAGAUGUGGCUUCUUCGUGGAGAAAAAGAACCGUUUCUGUAAAAUGAUCGCCGCAAGAGGAAAGGUGUUCUGCGGAGAACACGCGAACAUGGAGGAAGGAAGCAGCCGAAGGAUUCCGUGUCCUCUGGACCCCAAACACACUGUGAGUGAAGACAAACUGGACAAACACCUGAAGAAAUGUAACUCCAGGGAGAAAGCAAAGCCUGUUUAUUACGUGGAGAACAUAAACUCUGGAUCAACGGACGGAGAGACGCUCCAACAGGUGAGUCUGUCUGAGCGCAGCAGGGCCGAAUUACAGUCUCUGCUGGACAAACUGAAGUCCGCCGUCACAGGACUGCAGUGCGAUGUGGAGGACAGCGUUCUGUCUCAUCCCGUCCUCCAGGAGGAACUCAACAACCCAAAGAACGGAGACUCCGCCCACAAACACCUGAAGCAGCAGUCCUCCCUCUUAGGUCACCUGGAGGCGCUGGGGCUGCUGGGAAGGGGGCGGUGCUUCGUGGAGUUCGGAGCAGGUCGAGGAAAACUAUCCCACUGGAUCCACGAAGCUCUGAAGACCCGAGACCCCCUGCAGACCUGCGAUGACCUGCAGCUGCUGCUGGUGGAGCGCAGCAGCACCCGCUUCAAGGUAGAUGGGAAACAUCAAGAUACUGGAGUUCAGUUUGAGAGGCUGCAGGUCGACAUUCAACAUCUGGAUUUAAGCAAAGUGCAGCUGCUCAGACAGAAGAAGCUUCCGCUGGUCGGAGUUGGAAAACACCUGUGUGGAGCGGCGACAGAUCUGGCUCUGCGCUGUCUGUUGGAAACACAGCGACCCGGAGGGGAGGCCGAACCGCCACGGAAACGCCUCAAAACCUCCGAACCAGAACCACCGCCAGAGUCCGGUCCCGGUCCGGACCCGGGUCUCGGCCCGGUUCUGGGCCUGGCGGUGGCGCUGUGCUGCCACCAUCGCUGUGAGUGGCGCCAUUACGUCGGGCAGCAGUUCUUCCUGCAGCGGGGACUCGGAGCGGCGGAGUUCUCCGCUUUCUGUCGGAUGUCCAGCUGGGCCACAUGUGGACUCCGGGCCGCCAAUCAGGUGCCCGUCCCCCCGGGGGGCCCCGAUCGGCGCGGAGACGACGAAGAGCACGAACCGGCAGAGGAGACGGACGCCGUGAGCGGGUUCCUGCCGGCGGAGGAACGCGAGCGGGUCGGUCGUCUCUGCAAGCGUCUGAUCGACGGCGGCAGACUUCACUUCCUGAAGACGAGAGGAUUCCACGGCAAACUCGCCCGUUACGUAAACAGUCAGGUGACUCUGGAGAACGUCGUACUGACCGCCGUCCCCUCGCCUGCGUCCUGAAGGACAAUCUGAGACCUGACGAGACCCAGAGACCGACUACAGACUAAAGAUGCAGACAUCGGUAUUUUUAUUUAAAAGGAUAGAAUUUUAAAUUUUUGUAUUAAAAUGUUUUCAGUUGUGUUCAUUCUGUCUACUUUAAAAAUAACUUCAUACAAAACACUUUGUCUGUGGCUUUUUGGAUGAAAAAAAAUGUACUCAGUUGAAAUCUGACGCGUGACACAAACUGGAAAAAAACAAAACCAUCAAUGUGUCAAUAUCGUGUUCUCAGCCUCCAGAUGCAGAACCGCUGCUUCUGAAUCCUUUUCUUCACUGGCUUUAAAACUCGUGGCUGAGCUCCAGGAAGAGGAAUAUUUAUUUAUUUGAUGAGUCAUCCGUCGGCUCUGAAACAGAAACGUGAUCAAAAUAAAAAUACAUUCAAUUCACUUAAAUGACAAAACAUAUUUUAGUCAACGUGAGAUUAUUUUUUAAUAAUUAAUAUAUUUUUAUUUAUGUUAUUACCGGGUAGAGGCACGAAGGAAAACACCAUCCAGGUGCAUUAUGGGACCUUUAGGAUUCACUCUGUUUAAUCUGUUUUUCAGCAUAACUGAUGACUAAAUUACGUGAAGUUACAAAUAAAUGUUUGUAAACUUUGA